UGUGUGUAAAUGCUGCAAUUCAUUACAAUGGAACUAAUUUAUAUUUGUAUCAUUUAUAAAUGAAAAUAAUGAAUAAUAAUAAUGAAAUUAGAACAUGCGCUAAAAUGAAUGACAAAUUUAACAAACGCACCAACUAAGUGUGUUGUGGGCAUGCGCAGUAGCUCUCAGCUGAACCCGGAAGUGAGGUGUAUGUUGUGUUGUUGCCGAGGGAGUUUUGAAAGUGUGUUGGUUUUCUACACCAUACUGCAUGUUUACACUCCGAAUCGCUGUGUAAGGUAAUAAACAUGAAGAGUACGCUGAUGCAGAUGGCCCCGCCUCCACUCCCGGUAUGCCCCGCCCCUACCCCGCCCAAGUGUCCAGAGCUGGAUUUGUCCCUCACAGUGACCCCGGAGAGAGCAGGAAGCUCAGGUGGUGCUUUAAAGAAAGUCAAAACAGAGACACGCCAACAGCAGGUGCGUUUUGCUGUGAGUCCUGACUCCUCCUCUGACCAGCUUCCUGUUACCGUGACUACACGACACUACAGUAACAAAUCAGCAGCUGAGAACCAACACAGAAAAGGAAAACAAGAUCGACACAUACUGGAAGAGGGGGGCAUGUCCUCUCGGAGUGAUGGACAACAGACAGAAGGGGUGGAGCUAAACACUACACUCGCUCUGAGGGCGGAGCUACAGCAGCUGGAGGAGGCAGAGUUUAACUCCCAGAAGGCAGUGCAGGACCGACUGCAGAACUCCAUAAGAGUACAGGAGUGUGUCCGAACCCGUGCAGCUGAGGGUCUGAAUUUUCCACGCUCUCAUCAUCUCUAUCGUUCUCUCGUCAGUGUCAGUCUGUCACAUGAUCAGCUCAUCACUGAGGCUUUGCGCGAUAGGCCAGCUUUAGCUCCGCCCACAACCAGCCACUACACCAAGCUCCGCUCUUCUCCAGCAGAGGGCCCUGACCUGCUCUUCUUCCAUCAACCUUAUUGCGUUGUCAGGGAGAUGCCCCUGUUGCCAGGCGACCACAUACCUUUACCCCAACUCCAUCCAACCCCCAGACCUGCUCAUAUGACCUUUCACCUACUUCAGAGACACAGGCAGUGGGAGGCAUGAGCUCAGCGAACAUGUCACUUCCUGUGGGAGGAGUUAAUCCAUAAACGUGUGUGUGUGUGUGUGUGUGUGUGUGUGUGUGUGUGUGUGUGUGUGUGUGUGUGUGUGAGGCCUCAGUUAUUAAUAAAUGUUUCAGUGUGGAGACGAGGCUCUGGGUGUCAUCAUACUUGUCAGCAUCAGUAGUUACAGUUCCUAACCCGUUGCUAUAGUUACAGGAGAUACAGGAGAUGGGAUGUAACUACGGCAACUGGGAACAAUUAAACACAUACAUACACACA